CUGCCAGUCUCAGGCGGCGUUGUCCGGCGCGCGGGCGGCCUGCUGGGCGGGCUGAGGGGUGAGUGGGGCGCGGGCUAGGCAAAGAGGGACGGAGCCGGCGAGCCACCGCGGCGACAGGGUUCCUGCUUACAAAAGACAAUAUGACUACUGAUGAAGGUGCCAAGAACAAUGGAGAAAGCCCAGCAUCCACUGUUGCAGAACAAGGAGAAGAUAUUACCUCCAAAAAAGACAGAGGAGUAUUAAAGAUUGUCAAAAGAGUGGGGAAUAGUGAGGAAACACCAAUGAUUGGUGACAAAGUUUAUGUCCACUACAAAGGAAAAUUGUCCAAUGGAAAGAAGUUUGAUUCCAGUCAUGAUAGAAAUGAACCAUUUGUUUUUAGUCUUGGCAAAGGCCAAGUUAUCAAGGCAUGGGACAUUGGGGUGGCUACCAUGAAGAAAGGAGAGAUCUGCCAUUUGCUUUGCAAACCAGAAUAUGCGUAUGGCUCAGCAGGCAGCCUCCCUAAAAUUCCCUCGAAUGCUACUCUUUUUUUUGAGAUUGAGCUCCUGGAUUUCAAAGGAGAGGAUUUAUUUGAAGAUGCAGGCAUUAUCAGGAGAAUCAAACGGAAAGGAGAGGGAUAUUCAAACCCAAAUGAAGGAGCAACUGUAGAAAUCCACCUGGAAGGCUGCUGUGGUGGAAGGAUGUUUGAUUGCAGAGAUGUGGUAUUCACUGUUGGUGAAGGAGAAGACCAUGACAUUCCAAUUGGAAUUGACAAAGCCCUGGAGAAAAUGCAGCGGGAAGAACAAUGUAUUUUGUAUCUUGGACCACGAUAUGGUUUUGGAGAGGCAGGGAAGCCUAAAUUUGGCAUUGAACCUAAUGCUGAGCUUAUAUAUGAAGUUACGCUUAAGAGCUUCGAAAAGGCCAAAGAAUCCUGGGAGAUGGACACCAAAGAAAAACUGGAGCAGGCUGCCAUUGUCAAAGAGAAGGGAACGGUAUACUUCAAGGGAGGCAAGUACAUGCAAGCAGUGAUUCAGUAUGGAAAGAUAGUAUCCUGGUUAGAGAUGGAAUACGGUCUAUCAGAAAAGGAAUCAAAAGCUUCUGAGUCAUUUCUGCUCGCUGCAUUUCUGAACCUGGCUAUGUGCUACCUGAAACUUAGAGAAUACGCCAAAGUUGUGGAGUGCUGUGACAAGGCCCUUGGACUUGACAGUACCAAUGAGAAAGGCUUAUACAGGAGGGGUGAAGCCCAGCUGCUUAUGAAUGAGUUUGAGUCAGCAAAGGGUGAUUUUGAGAAAGUGUUGGAAGUAAAUCCCCAGAACAAGGCUGCAAGACUGCAGAUCUCCAUGUGUCAGAAAAAAGCAAAGGAGCACAACGAGCGGGACCGUAGGAUAUACGCCAACAUGUUCAAGAAGUUUGCAGAGCAGGAUGCAAAGGAAGAGGCCAGUAAAGCAAUAAACAAGAAGACUUUAGAGGRCGUCACCAAUGAAAAAGGAACAGAAAAUCAAGCAAUGGAAGAAGAAAAAACUGAAGGCCAUGUAUGACGCCACGCCAAGGAGGGAAGAGAGUCCUAAUGAACUCGGCCCCUCCUCAUUGGGCUUUUACCCAGCUCAGGACUAAACAGUGUUUAGUGUAAAGUUUGUUAUAGUCUAUGUGAUUCUGGAAGCAAAUGGCAAAACCAGUAGCUUCCCCCAAAACAACCACCCUGCUGCUGCCCAGUGGGUCAUUGAGUGGGUGGCGUGGGACCACUCCAGGUAGAACAGAACAGAAAGGCUGUUGUCGCCAAGAGAUUGAGCCAACAGCUGAGUCCAUCUCGUUUCAGUUUGUCAACCUUCAUAUCCAUCACAGGGUCCCUGAAGAUAAUCCUAAUGAUUUGGGGCUGUUAGAUUUUACAUUUGAAUUUUAAUAGCACUGCAGAAACCUUUUUAAAUAUGCUUAAUCAAUUUCUCCUUUCCUAUAGGUGGGUAGGUCGAGGGAAGGAGGGUGAGCUGGUUUUUUUUUUUUUUUUUUUUUAAAUGACUAAAGUGCUACAAAUACAACCUAUUGCAUUUGUAACCAACAGAACCCAAAGGCAAGAGGUCUGGAACCCUUCAGUUCUAGAGCAGCAUCACAUACUUGAGAGCAAGAACCUGGGAGGCCAUGAGCUUUGCUGACUUUGCAGCUUCCCAAGCUCCUUCCUCUGCCAGCCUCAUGUGAGUGUGGCUUUCUGCCACACCCAGCCUGCCCUGGGCGAGUCAUUUUGUCAUUCAUUCCCACAACACCCUUCAUCAAUGAUAAUGAGCAGACAGAAGCUUCUGGAUUUGCUUUCCCUGUUUUGGAUGAAGUUUUUGAGAUGCUGAAAUGUGAAAAAAGCCAUCAAAAUUGUGCUUUUUUUUCCCUCCCCAUUCCUUUGAGGAAACAUUGUUAGUACACCUUACUUUCUGCAGCAUUACUAACAUUCAGCUUCUGUUCCCUUUCAAAGCCUUGCCAUUAAGAAUUUAAUACUUGUAAUAGCUUGACCUGGAGUGGAUUUUUUUACAUAUCCAUUCAGUAUAAUGCAGCUUUUUUGUCUUUUUUUUUAAUUGCUCAUAAACAUAUGUAUACUGGCUUAUGAAACUUUACACUCCUAUUAUGCAAAAAAAAAAAAAAAGUUGACUUUUUACUACUUAGUACCUUAAUUUAAAAAAAAAAAAUUAUGGGGUUGAAAAAAAUAAGUAGUUGUUGCUCUUCUACAUUAAGGGUUUUACUGGCAGGUUCACCAGGCAGAUGCUUCUAUCCUCCUGCACUGGUAGCUUCUUCCUUCUGGUGUAAGCUGUAAAAGAGUUGAACAGCUUCCCACUAAGAGGUACAUCUAGCCUAAAUCUCCAGUACUUGGGCAUUAAAUUAGAGCAAGUCUUAAGACAAAUAUAUACAUGUAGUAGCAUUUUAGUUCUUUUGGGUAAAUAAAUAAACACUCAUGGGAAUGCAUUUGGCAACCUAAAGAAUCAUUUGCCUAAAUCUAGAACAUCUCACUUCCUUAAAUCUUAAAGAACACUGGCUGUUAGUUACAUUUUGAAUUAGUUAUUCUUUUUAUGCUGGUUUUAACACUUUCAUUAUUAGGUUAGGACCUUAAGACCUAAAAAAUCAGGUCAUUUUCUUUUAUUUUCCCUGAAACAAAUAGAAAUAAAUUGUGAGGUUUUGCUUUUAAUAGUAAGUAAAACCCCUCUAAUUCCUCAUUUAGGCUUUUGUCUUUUUUUAUGUAAUAUUUCUUUUAAAAGCCCCAGUCUUACCUAGGAAAUAUGAAAAGCAAAAGUCAAUUUUGUGUAUUUGCUUAACUGCUUAAUAUUUGUAGCUCUGUUGACUAGAGCAUGAAAUUAAUGAGGCCAAGACUAAAAUUUGAGCCUAGCUUUUUAUAGGUAACAAAUAAGAAAACUACUCCAAAACUCAGAUGACCCCAGCCAGCUGUGUCCCCAUUGUGCUGUGUGCCAGCAGGGGAACUGGCCAGUGUGUGGAGAGAGAGGUGGGGCACAGAUAGUUCCAAUUAGAUGACAAGGGGCUGUGUGAGACUUCACGUAUUCUUGUAUCAAACUCAGUAACCUUAAAGUGUGUAGAAACCAGAAGAUGUCUUGGAAUCAAUCACCUUUCAGACUGUAUCUGGAAUGGUGAGGCUGCAUAGGAUGAAUUUUUAAAAU